CGUCACAUGACGCAGCCCAUCAUGGCGGCGGGAGCGCGGCUGCCUGGGCCCGCGGCUCCGCAGGCUGGGUGCCGUUGCUGCUGUUGAGGGGCGGCGGCGGCGCAGACGGGCGGGAAGGAUGAUGCUAGCUCUGCGGCCAGAGCGGCGGAUGCAUACCGGGAACGAGGUCGACGUUUGGUUAAAGAGACGUGUGUCCCGAAGCAGCCGGCGCCGGUGUCGCUGAGGCGGCGCGGAGGGCUGACUGACUGACUGAAGGCGGCGACCCGAGAGCCGGCCCCGUGGGGGACCGCGCGGUGGACGAGAUGCCGGGGGCCGCCGGCGUCGCCGCCGCCGCCGCCGAUGCUGCUGCUGCUCCUGCUCCUGGCCGUCGGCGGUGCCCGGGCCGCGCCACUUCCGCAAACAGGUGCAGGGGAAGUACCUGUUGUAGAAGUUCCCUCCUUGUUUGUGAUCCUGUCGGUGUGCAGUUUAAUGAUACUGAUAGUGUUAAUUGCAAACUGUGUUUCCUGCUGUAAGGACCCAGAAAUAGACUUUAAGGAAUUUGAAGAUAACUUUGACGAUGAGAUAGACUUCACCCCACCAGCCGAAGACACCCCCUCUGUCCAGUCCCCAGCAGAGGUCUUCACGCUCUCAGUGCCAAACAUUUCACUUCCAGCUCCAUCCCAGUUCCAGUCUUCUGUGGGUUUGAAGUCUCAAGUCGCCCGCCACAGUCUAAACUAUAUACAGGAGAUUGGGAACGGCUGGUUUGGAAAGGUCCUCCUGGGAGAGACUUACACAGGCACCAGCGUCACAAGAGUCAUAGUGAAGGAGUUAAAAGUGAGUGCAAGCCCGAAGGAACAAGAUACUUUCCUGAAAAAUGGAGAGCCUUACUACAUUCUCCAGCAUCCGAAUGUCCUGCAGUGUGUCGGGCAGUGCGUGGAAGCCAUCCCCUACCUUCUGGUGUUUGAGUUCUGCGACCUGGGCGACCUGAAGGCUUACCUGCACAAUGAGCAAGAACACGUGCGGGGCGAUUCACAGACCAUGCUGCUGCAGAGGAUGGCGUGCGAGAUUGCCGCAGGGCUGGCAGCCAUGCACAAGCUGCACUUCCUGCACAGUGAUCUGGCCCUACGGAAUUGUUAUCUCACCUCCGACUUAAAUGUCAAAGUGGGCGACUAUGGAAUAGGCUUCAGCAGAUACAAGGAGGAUUACAUUGAGACAGAUGACAAAAAAAUUUUUCCCCUGAGAUGGACUGCUCCAGAAUUAGUGACCAGCUUUCAAGACAGACUCUUGACUGCAGAUCAAACUAAAUACAGUAAUAUCUGGGCCUUGGGUGUGACACUCUGGGAACUCUUCAGCAGUGCUGCUCAGCCCUACGCACACCUUUCGGACCUGGACGUCCUCAGUCAAGUCAUCAGAGAGAGGGGUGUGAGGCUCCCAAAGCCCCCGCUGGAGCAGCCGUUCUCGGACAGAUGGUAUGAAGUGUUACAGUUCUGCUGGCUGUCCCCUGACAAGAGGCCAGCCGCAGAAGAUGUGCACCGCCUGCUCACUUACCUGCGGAUGCAGAGCCAGCGCGACCCGGAGGUCGACUUCGAACAGCAGUGGACUGCUCUCAAGCCCAAUACCAACAGCAGGGACACGUCAAGCAGCGCCGCCUUCCCCAUCCUUGACCACUUUGCCCGGGACCGGCUAGGUAGGGAGAUGGAGGAGGUCCUCACAGUGACUGAGACUAGCCAGGGCCUGAGCUUUGAGUAUGUGUGGGAGGCCGCCAAGCAUGACCAUUUUGAUGAGCAAGGCCGGGGCCACCCAGACGAAGCCUUGUCUUAUUCCAGUAUGUUCUUCCCAGUUGAAGUGUUUGAGAAUUCACUUUCAGAUCCUGGUCCUGGCAAGCAAGAUGACAGUGGCCAGGAGGUGCCCGUGAGGGCCCCUGGGGUGGUUCCUGUGUUUGAUGCACACAACCUCUCUGUUGGAAGUGACUAUUACAUCCAGUUGGAAGAGAAAAGCAGUAGUAAUUUGGGACUGGAUUAUCCACCUGCACUGCUCACAACUGAAGUGGACAAUCCAGAAAGGGCUGGAGCUGAGGCACCCCAUCUUAUGACCCUUAAGAACCUCGUGUGUGAGGAACCCAGUACAGAGGAGGAUUUCUUCCAGAGCAGUGCUCACUCCAAAGAAGCCAGCUCUGCCGAGGACUCGCAUGCUGCCAGCAUCCAUGGGAGCCCUUUCAACAUAUUUAGUGACCUUGACAAAGCAGAUGACCCGCCCAGUCACCAAAAACUAUUUGAUCUAAUGGAACUUAAUGGAGUUGAAGCUGACUUGAAGCCAGCCGUCUUGAGCUCACACCUGGAGGACCCCAAAGAAACCUGCCAGUCUGACAAAGAAAAGCCCCGUAAGCUGUCGGACCAGGGCCCUCUGUGCUUAUCUGAAAGUCUUUUGCACCAAGAUCACAUUGAUCCACUGAGUGUCCAAGAAUUGUCAGAAAACUUUUUAUUUCUUCAGGAGAAAAAUCUACUGAAAGGCUCAUUGCCUAGCAAGGAGCAGGUGAAUGAUCUUCAAACAGAACUUAAGAAUGCAGGUUUUACUUCAGCACUGUUAGAUUCACCCCGGAGAGGCUCUGUAAGUUCUGAACUUGAGUUCCUGGAAAAUACACUAGACUUUCCUUUGUCACAGGAAAACAUGUGUGGACAGAAUGAAGGUACAGGUGUCGUGCUUCAGAGUGGUACCUCACCACAGGCAUCCCCAGAAGUGCAGGUACCUCUGGCCUUACUCACAGAAGAAGGCUCUCCUAAUGGUCCCCCAGACUCAAUUCUGAGGGUAGGAGAAACCAAACCCUUCAGUGAUGUCCGAGUCCCUGAGGACUCCAUCUGCCUAGAUCUAAGCCCUGACCUUGUGACUGGCCCAGUUGAAAUUCCUGCUACCGAUGCCAAAACCCUUGAUGGGGGCGAUGGACCCCCAGACGUCACUUGCCAAAGCAAGGAGGCCUUGAAACUAACCAAAAGAGACCCCAUCCUUGCAAAUGAUAUUACUGGUCAGGGUAGCAUGGAAUCAAGACAGGAUUUAGAAAAUCAGCCAUUUUCAGAAGACCCUCUUAGUGGCAGCUUACUGGAGAAAAACUCAGAUGCGGUGGAGACUUUAAAUCAGCUUCAUUAUAAGGCUGCCCCUAAGGAUGCGGCCUUGGCAUCUGCCCUCUCCUCAGACUCCACCAGCCAAGAUAGCCUCUUAGAAGACAGUUUGUCAACACCCACCAUCCCCACCUCAGAGCAGUCUGUGGAGACGCCAGACUCCCUGGAUUCAGUGGAUGUCCAUGACACAUUACUAGAGUCCCUAGGCUCCCACACCCCUCAGAAACUCUUGCCCCCCGAUAAGCCCGCAGACAGUGGCUAUGAAACAGAGAACCUGGAGUCUCCUGAGUGGACCCUGCACCCUGCACCUGAGGGCACUGCUGACUCAGAUACAGCUGCAGCAGGUGACAGUGUCCACAGCAGUUUGCCUCCCAACCCAGUCAUUGUCAUCUCGGAUGCAGGAGAUGGCCACAGGGGUGCUGAAGGUCCCCCUCAGAGCUUCACACUUGGUACCCAGAGUUCAUAUCGAGACUCUGCCUACUUCUCAGACAACGACUCGGAGCCAGAUAAAAAGCCUGAGGAGGUCCCAGGAACAUCUGCCAGUGCCCUGGCAUUGGUAAAGGGCCAGUCCCCACCUGAGCCAGUUGUCCCAGAAGAAAGCUCUGACAUCAGAGAAGGCUGCCUGGAAGCCCCACAGGACAAGCCAGAUCAAAGUCAGGUGUCUGCUUUGCAGAAUUCUUGUCACUCAGACAUACAAGAAACAUUGCAGCCCACAGCAGCUGAUGCUCCCAGAGAGACAUAUCCUGUGGAUGACGAGGCCAGCAGCCCCUUGAGUUUGUUGAAUUCAGAACUUAGCAGCUGCGAUGACCUGGAGACACAGGAAGAUCGCCCAUGCACCCUGGCCUCCACAGGCACCAACACCAAUGAGCUCCUCGCAUACAUGAGUUCCACACUGGAUAAAGCUUUGCCCAGCCACUUCGAGGGCCCCAAACUGAAGGAACCAGACAUCGAAGGGAAAUACCUGGGCAAACUGUGUGUGUCUGGGAUGCUGGACCUCUCAGAGGAUGGGAUGGAUGCCGAUGAGGAAGAUGAGAACAGUGACGACUCGGACGAGGACCUGCGGGCCUUCAACUUGCAUAGCCUAAGCUCUGAGUCGGAAGACGACACGGAGCACCCUGUGCCCAUCAUCAUCAGUAAUGACGAUGGUAGGCACCUGCGGAGUUUGCUGAAACCCUCGGCCACCGAGGCCAUUGAGCAGCUGCCGGAUGACUGGAAGAAGGAAAAGAAGGCAGUGACAUUUUUUGAUGAUGUCACCGUCUAUCUGUUUGACCAGGAAACCCCCACCAAAGAGCUGGGGCACUGCGGAGGAGAAGCACACGGCCCUGGGCCCGGCAGCCCGGCAGCAUCCUCAGACUCACCCUACCUAGGCAGGUGCAUGAAUUCUGAAAGUUCCACGGAUGAAGAAGGCGGAGGCUUCGAAUGGGAUGAUGACUUCUCCCCAGAUCCUUUCAUGUCAAAAACAACAAGCCUUCUGGGUUCCAAGCCUUCUCUUCAAACCUCCAAAUACUUUUCUCCUCCCCCACCGGCCAGGAGCACCGAGCAGAGCUGGCCGCACGUGUCUCCCUGCUCCCGCUUCUCCAUCUCUCCUGCCAACAUCGCCAGCUUCUCUCUCACACACCUCACGGACUCGGACAUUGAACAAGGAGGCAGCAGUGAAGACGGAGACAAGGACUAGAUGGCUGCGGACUCUCCCAGCCAGCAGCGCUCCUGCUUGUCCACCUGAGCGGCGGCAUCGACUCCAUGCUGACUGGCACCAGACAGUGAGCAGCUCAGGAGUGAUGGAGAGCUGGGCCACCACGCCAGGGCUGGGCAUCCUGCUGAGGUGGCCGCAUUGCCACACUGCUGUGGCCCCGAGUGCUGGAGGACCUGAGCACCUCAGGCCGUGGGUCUUUUUCUGUGUGGAUGUCUGCCUCACCACACCUGCGCCUCCAGUCCGGGCAUGGGUGCCACGGAGGGGCGCACCAGGGGAGUGGUCAGAAGUGAGCCAUAUUUAUUGUCUUUAAGGAAAUCACUAAUUGCUCUUUGACUGCACUGUGGGUGAGUGUUCUGAGCUCCCAAUAUUGUACAGCAUCGUAAAUUAUCCAAGGGAAACAUGGCUGGUCAAGCUGCUGCUGUCCACUGGUUUGAUUUUGUUGUGUUUUGUUUUGUUUCUGUCUUGUAUGUUUGCUCUGCAUGGUACUGUAAAGCUUUGCUGUACUUUUUGAGUGUUCUUCUGUCUUGAGACCUGUGGGAGCCAUGCACAGGUAUUCUCCCCAGGCCGUUCUGAUUCUGGGCGUUAGUGUUUUAUGUUCUUAGAGGACAUCGUUUUGAUGAGGCCAAAACUGCUGUUCUGUUUCAUUGACUGCAUCGAGCAUGCGUCUGUAUUGGGUGGGCUCUCUGAGCAGCCAGCCCUGCCUCUCGUGCUUUUAAAUUCUUUUGGUAGAAGUCCCAUAAGAGAUGCACCCAGAACUCAGGGCCCAGGGUCCUUUUCUGGCCAGAUGAGGCCGUGCACCGCUUCCUCUCCACAGAAGCCAGCCUGCAGGAGCUCCGUGUCCCUCAGGCAGGUGGGACCUCGGAGACCUCGUUCCCAAGAGCUGCCAGGAAGAAGAGCAUUGUCCACUCGGUGCUGCUGAGAGAGCAGUUUGGAAAUAUCUGGGGUGGGUUCUUCGCAUUGCAGGCCAUAGCACCCAGAAUACAGGCAGCACCCUGUAGCUGCAAGGAGCAGGGCAGGGACCCAGCAGCCCUCAUGGCUAUUCUUCCUGAAUCAAGGACCCAGCUCUCCUCUUGUUCUGAAAGGGAUCUCACAUCUUCACAUAGCCUCAGUACAUCACUGAAGGAAUCUGCUGUCCCCACCAACACAAGAGUGAGGCCGCGCCCUGCUGCCCCAGAGUCCUGCUUUAACAAAGGAAGUGUUGGUGGCCAGUGCAGCGUGGUAAUGCCAUGUUGAGCAGGGAACUGCACCUGCUGGGGUGGGUCUUCUCCCUUGGGCUCCUCACCCCAAAUACUUCCCGGUGCUGCCCCUGCUAUCCAGACUCCAAUGUAACAAUGGGAUGAGUCUCCAGGCCCUGGCUGGGACAUCGUGCUGUCAAUCAGGACCUGGGCUCUCCUGCAGAGUGCAAGUGUGGAUGUCAGCGUGAAUUUACGUAGUAAAUUAUGACCUUUAUUAUCAACUCUGAUUCGAUCCAUGAAUUUUUUUAUACUAAGCAAUAACUUUACAGAAGAAAUUUGAGAACAGAGAGUCUCCUUUUCCCAUACUUGGUGCAGACCUAGCAUGCCUGGACUCCAUAGAAAGCACUGGAUCUUGUGACAUGUAUAUUAAAAACAGGGCAUUUGAAAGUAAUUUUGCCAAAAUUGUCAUAACUGAAUUUUUGCGGUGUGGACUUUCUGAUUUUUUUUUUUUAACUUUUACCUCUUUUAGUUGAGAAAGAAAGGAGAGGUGAUUAUUAUAAAAGGGUUUUUUUCAAGUUCUAGGUUUAAGAAGUUCAGCUUCACUGAGUACAGUCAGGUGGAUCCAUAUAUCUAUAUAGCCUCCUUUGGACGCCAGCCUGGCCUUGACUUCUGACGUCUGAGGGCUGGCCACCUUUCACCAUGUUGAGGGGAUUUAACAAUUCCCGUUUAUAUUUAUAUCUAUAUUGCUCUCAUGGUUAGUUGCCAAAACAAAAGCAUUUUAUAUAUUGAGUUGGGGUGGGGGUGGGGUGGAUCUUUCUGUGGCGUCGCAUGGAAGGGAAGAUUUUGUAUAACACUGGUCAACACAUCUCCCAAAAUCUCAAGCAAUAUACAGAAAUUUCAGUAGACUAAACUCCAGCCCAUUCUUAAACGUGAGCAUGCGCUUUGCCAUCCAGUGUGGGUUUUGGUUUGAUUUAGGUUUUGGUUUUUGUGUUUCAAGACAGGGCUUCUCUGUGCAGCUGUGGCUGUCCUGGAACUUGCUGUAUAGUUCAGGCUGGCUCGGACUCAGAGAUCCACCUGCCUCUGCCCUCCCACCCCCCACCCCUCACCUCCCCCAUGCUGCCACCAUACCCAAAUGGUUUUCUCUUUUAAUGAUAACUUGGUGGCCCUCGGUGGGCUUUCCAGACUUGGUCACUGAUGUAAAUGAGCUGGCGGGGCCUGUGGCUGGCCUGCGGUGGGCUCAGUGACUUUCCCUUCUGUCCUCCCUUGAGUGCUCCUCCUCCACCUACCAGACUGGAAAGUGACUGUCCUCUAGUAAAAAUAAUGAGCCCUCCAAGUCCUUCUUGAUAUCUUCCACUUGUUAUAAGAUGACCUAAGUCGGAAAAAAAGUAGUUCCCCCUCCCUGAGAGACUCAGACUCUGUCUGGGCCAGAAGCCAUUCGUCACAAGGUUGCAACGGCAAUCAGCCUCCGUUCUUCUUUUCAGACCUACAGACCUGUUUUUAGAGAGAUGGGUUUCUCUGAGGAAGUCUGUCUCCUUGCUGUACAAUGCCUUUUAAAACCUUCCCCUUUUUCUGUACUUCCCCAUAGGACAUUUGUAGGAUUAUUGGCCUGCUGCAUGUCUGUCCCCAGGGCCAGGAAAAGAGACAGGCAGCUCCUCAACCUCCCACCCCUCAGCCUGAAAACUCGGAUGUGACCAAGUGUCAGGCUCUGUGUUCCCCGCUUCAGGGCACCCUCCCUGAGAGAAGCCACCUCCUAAGAAGACUGGGCACACAUGGCUACGGCAAACGUACAUCUCAAUAUUUCUUAAGCAGCAAAGGGGGGGCACCAGUCUUGGCUUUUAGGAAACUAUUUAACUUACACAUAAGUUCUUAAAAUGUGUUGGCAGUAUUGCGUCACCCACGGCCUUGUAGGGGUUGAGCAUACGGUGUUUGGUUACUGAAGCCUGCAUAGGCGAAGUUGGGUCUUGAUGACCAGACUUGGGCACGUAUCCACUGUUUCAUCCUGUCCACGGCCAGGGAUCUGGGUGGCGUAGCCACGCCCACGGCCUGCCACCUGCCAGGUCAUACAUAACACAAUCAGAAGGGGUUCGUGGCAAUGUAACAGUUAAUGAACUUGGAGUUUAAAUUGUGUACAUUUUUAAAUUGUAAGAUUUUUACUGUAUAUUGAAGCUUAGUGUGAUUCAAUAAAUUGCUUGUAAUUUAAAAACUAUUUAAUAUUCAAAAUAAAUAUAGUUAUAUAUUUAUAAUAA